AAUGAAUUUUUAGGCCGAAGCCGAACCCAUUCUCCUUCUUCCCCAAAUCGCAAAACCUUCUGCAAUUUGAACCAGCAACUAUCGAUCUGCAAACCCUAAUUGAAGAGACGAAGGGCAAGGAGAGAAUUCUAAUUCAGGAUUUAUUUAUAUUUUUGCUACCGAGAAAGCCGCCAAGAUGGUGAAGACGACGAAGGGAGGCAAAACCAUGAACCCUACCGAUGCAUACCGCAAAGAGCUGCGGAAGAAGGAAUUGAAGCGAAAUAAAAAGGAGAGGAAGAAGGUAAGAGAAGUUGGAAUUUUGAAGAAGGAUCCAGACACUCUGAAAGAUCAGAUUCAGAAGCUGGAAGCAAUGAAGGCAGAUGGUGCUCUGGACAAAGCUAGAAAACACAAAAAGAGACAACUCGAAGACACACUCAAUCUCGUGAUGAAAAAGAGGAAGGAAUAUGAAGAAAAGAUGAAGGAAAAAGGUGAAACACCAGUUAUGUUCAGUCAUUUGGGACCUGUUCGAAGGCAAGUUACUGCAGAAGAGGAAGAAAGAUCCAAACAUCCCAGACCUGAAGAUUCAGUUUAUUAUCACCCGACUCUGAAUCCUUCUGGAGCUCCCCCUCCUGGAAAACCUCCAAUGUUUAAAUCAUCAAUAGGGCCAAGGAUACCUUUACCAGAAAGCUCCAGUAAUGUGGCAUCAUCAUCACAAUCAGAAGCAGAGGAUGGCACCUUACCUGUUCCACCUCCUCCACCUCCUUUGCCUGGUGCAGGCUUAGAUUCUGGAGAAGGCACUAGUUUACCUGUGUCUUUGCCUUUGCCGCCGCCUCCCCCAAUGCCCCCAAAUCCAGCAGUGGGAGAUAUUACAUCAUCACUGCCUCCACCCCCUUUGCCCCCUCCACCUCCUCCACCUGGCCCACCGCCUAAGGAGUUACUUGCUGUUCGUCCUCCACUUCCUCCACCUCCACCAAUCCAGCCAUCCUCCCAACCACCUCCCCCUGGUACUGCUGGCGGUGAGAAUGCAAAUUCAGAAGAAUCAGCUGCCAGGCACCCAGUUCUGAUGCCUACUAGCCUUCCUCUGCAGCCUCCACCAAUUGGAAUGCCUGUGAAGUUGGGUGAUACCCAGCCUGAAGGCUCAUCUUCUGAGUCAGAGGCAAAAGCUCGAAUAGAUCCUAACGAUCUUCUGAAAAUGGCUCCUCCCCCACCACCAUUAAGGCAACAGCCUCAGAUGCCUGGAGCUGCCAUAGGGUCAAGUUUACAGCCUGAUAUGCUUCCUCCAGGAAUGACACGCUUUCCACCGCCACCACCAGCUGAUAUGCACCCCCCAUUUUCUGCUCCUGGAGUACCUGGGCAUCCUGGUCACCCUGGACUCAUGGCUCCACUAUUGCCAAGACCACCUUUCGGACCUCCCCUAGCACAUCCAGCAAUGAUGAGACCACCGCUUCCACCUGGCCCACCUCCUAUUUCACAAGAAGGCUUUAUUGCUUUACACACUGUUCCUCAGAAGCCAUCAUACAUCAAAUCAGCUGCAUCCACUGUCGUAAAGAGGCCCCUGGCUCAGCAUACUCCUGAGCUUACAGCUAUGGUUCCGGCAUCAGUACGAGUCAGGAGAGAGUCUGCACUUCCUAAAGCGAAGCCAAAGACAACUACCCCUACAACUUCCAACCGGCCAAUUGUGGCUCCACCAGUUGCAAAGCAACAAUCCACUGGCUCGUCAUCUGCAGCAAAACCACAAAGUAUCGAUGACUCAUACAUGGCAUUCCUGGAGGACAUGAAAGCACUCGGUGCUCUCGAUAGUUGAACCAGAUACGUUAAGAAUGCUUGUACGGUAGGAUUAUGCGACAAGAGGAAGCUGUGCGAUUCAAGGCUCUUCGUGUGGCAAUGAGCUUCAACUUGACCAAUUUAACUGUGUUCUCACAUCCAAUUGUGCUUAAUUUUUUGCACCUUGUGAUAGCCGUUCAAUUGCUACUGUUAUCAUCAAAAUGUGUACCCACAAUGUUCACUUUGAAAGAGGGUUUGCAAUUUAGAAA